UUCUAGUAUUUCGGGCAUUACGGGCGUACAGAUUCAAAUAUCCGCCGUGCUCCUCCCGGCCGCAUCUCUGUCGCUCGCUCUCUUUCCUUUUACGAUCGAGCGAACUUGAGAGGAAAUUAGAACCAGAGAUGGAGUUCUCAUCUCGAUUGAUCUUCCUCGCCAUACUCCUUUACUCUGCUCUUCUCACCGGAGCCGCUCAGGUUGGAGAUGGAUGCUCGAGGGAUGGUGACUGCGGGGCAGGGCUGCAUUGCGAUUCGUGCGGCGCAAUAUGCACGCGAGUAAAACCCACAGAGCCCGAAUCAGUGGACAAGGGACUUCCGUUCAAUCGGUACUCAUGGUUAACUACGCACAACUCUUUUGCCCUAGCUGGAUCAAAGUCAGCUACCGGUUCGGACCUAAUCACUCCCACCAACCAGCAGGACACCGUCACCUCUCAGCUCCAAGUAAGCAUUUCUGUAUACACAAUUACUCCCUUCUCUCUCUCAUGGAAUCCUCGGCGGCUGUGCGCGAAUCCGAACAUGCGCCUUGUGAAGAACGCAACGACUACCUUUUUUUAUCUUUUUUUUUUUAAAGAAAUAAAGGUCAGUAUUGUUGAUUUUUUUAUUCUGUUUACCAACUUUGAUGGCACGCGGGAUUAG